UGUGAAUUCAAUGUACCCAUAGAAAGGAAGAAGCAGAAGAAAAAAUAGUUCAUUGUAACUAAUUUGAAGAAGAUGUCUGGCUGCGGAGGAAAUUGCAACUGUGGUUCAAGCUGCUCUUGUACUUCUUGCGGAAAGAUGUAUCCUGACAUGGAAACGGCCAUGCCCACCAAGGUGACCAUCAUUGAGAAUCCAGUAAAGAGGGGGAGCAUGAAUGAAUCUGAUGGGGAGAAAAGCUUUGGAGCGGAAGGUGGGAAUGGGUGCAAGUGUGGAUCAAGCUGCACUUGUGACCCUUGCACUUGCUGAUGAGUUCAACCACUCAAUCCUCUCCUACAAUGGAAUGAAAGAAUUUUCAUAUAAGCUUGUUUGUUGUGAAAUGUUUGGGAGGAACAAAACCAGCAGUCUUUUGAAUACUAUGGUGGCCAGAAUGUAAUAUACUGAAAAAAAAAGAAGAUUAAAAUAAAAACAGGCUAAUUGAUCAUGAAUCAUGAUGGCCCUGUGUGUGUGUUUGUGUUUGUAACGUCCUGUAUUUCUUCCGUAUGCUAUGUAUUAUUACUAUUGUUAACGGAGCUUCUAUGAAGCCAAACCCCAAUAUACAUAUAUAUAACUGUGUUCUUCGUGGUUUACUUUGGUUCAAAAUCAAGUUUUACUUGCU